UCUAAUAUUCAAUUGAUUCGAAAUCGAGCAGUUAUAAGUAAAAGUACUCACUACUGACACAAACAGCCCCUAUACUGUAGCGAAAAAAUUCAGUAAAACGCUGUGUAAAGCACCCAUGCGUUGGCCGCCGGACUAUAUAGUAGUACAGAAAUAUGCGUAAAUAGCUCGGACUGUUUAUCUUCCUGGUACUUAUACAGAUUGUGCGGACAUAAGUCACAAGUACAUACAAACUAGACUAAAAAACACCGCGAGCACAAAGAAAAGGCAGCAGUCUUCUUCGCGCCUCUGAUGCGACUGCACGUUACCUAUAUACUUAUGAGUAUAGCUUGUCGAAACCUGCAGUCAAAGCAUCGUCAGUCUGAGUUUUAUUUUGUUCUAUAAGCGCGCGAUGGAUGCGCCUCACGUGUUAGUUGUCGAAGAGCUGAUGGUCGACUCUCUGAUGUUCGAAUUCGAAACUGAUCUAAUGGGUAGCUAUCUGAGCAGCAGAAAUUCCUCGAUCGACAAUGAUCAUGGUCCAGCAGGGAAGUCAAGAGAAAAGGUCGUUGAUGACUUGGACGAUACGGUGAAGAUGGACUUGACGCCCGACGAUGAACCGAAAACUCCAGAGGACGACGAUCAAGAUGAAGGUGAUUGUUUUUCUCCAAGUAUGAGUAAAACUACUGACGAAGACCAAAAUAUUGGACUUGAUGCCGCCAGCGAAAUUUUCGACAAAUCUGCGCUGGUUGAUCAACCGAAUGGUGAUCUGAUGUUAAGAAGAGAGAUCGAAUUAACGGAAGACGUAGAUGAGAGUAAAACCGAUGAGGACUAUGAAGAAUUCGAUCCUAUCGAUUAUUUUAAUUUUAAAUCUGGCCCAACGGAAAAGUCGAACAAAGUCCUUAUGGCAGAAGAAGAAUUGCAUGAAGCAUCAGUGAAUUUCGAUCUAGACCUAUUGCCAAGGCCUGAUCAGGAAACUGCAGUCCAAGAUGUUUUAAAUGAAUGUACAACAGAAGAUAACACCACAUUUGGCAUUGUAAAUUCUUGCAAUAACAAAGUCGAUGAUGAUGAAUCCGAUCAAGAGAUGAGGCUGUUAGUAGAGCAGCAAGACAAUAGCCAAACGAGUGAUUUGGGUACUGCAGGGUGUAAAAACGAUGAAGAGUGCGAUUCGAAUCAUGGAAUCGUUUGUGUGAAAACAAGCGAUUACACUGAUGAAUCUGAUCAAGAAGUGGAAAAAAACCAGUCAUUGGUCGAACAAGAAGCUGUGCAGGACAAUGACCAAGCUGAAAAGAUCAUUGAGCCAGUGAAAGCAUCAGGCAAACUUGAAGAUAACUUGACGCCCCCAAUAUCACCAAAGCUAAAUCAAGACAACGAUGUAACCAACAAUGGAGAUCCUGUGGAUAUCAGUAGAGAUGAUGAUGAUACUUAUCAACAAGAUGAAGCUACAAAAAAAGAACCUAACAAGAAGAAACUGCAAGUAAUACCUGUAAAAGGCAAGGUGUACAACACCAGAAGGAGAAAGAUGAGGAAGAUAAAAGUAUCUCCAGAUCUGGGUUCGGAAAUAUCCAGCACAUCGAGUAGCAGUGACGAGGAGGACAGUUCCUGGAGUGACACAACAACCUCCAUGGAUUCCAGUGAGCAAACAGACUGCAGUAGCGAUUCUUUUUCAGAAGAGCCCUUUAUUUGCACGAGAUAUAAUUUGCGAAAUCGAUAAAUUAUACUUGUUCAUUGUAUUUUUUUUUGUAAAUUGUUGUUGACAAGCCUUUUUUAUUUUAUACUUGCGUUUCUGACUUGCUGUAUAAAUACAAGCUAUUUACAAGUUUUAGGAAUAGGAUUAGUGAUUGCGAUGGUACAAAUGCGUUACUAUAUUGAUAUUGAAUAGCAAGAAAAAAUUCAGUACAAUAAGAUAUAGAAUAAAAGAUAAAACCAGACGGUUUUAAGUAUAUAUUUAUUAUAGUUUUGUAAUACAAAUAAUAAAUAAUUACAAAAUUGA